AGUGGUUGUCGUGCCAUGUGUUCUCUUAAGUAAUCCUGCAUGGCACUUUGGCAGCAGUGCUGACUUAGUAUUCGAUGCUAUAGUUUCUAUUCGACUGCCACGCUCAAAACAACUCAUUCACUUCCCUUAAUACAUUCCCUUGCGUAGUAUUAUAAAAUGAGUACAAUAAUACAUUUAUGAUUUUUUAAACUGUUUGCUAUAGUUAUUAUUUCUUUUAAUUUAGUUGAAUUUAAGUUUUAAAAUAAAAAUAAAACCAGUGCAUCAAAAAUGGAAAAAAGUACAAGCAUUGAUUUUUAUAUGGAUAAUUUAGUUUCUUGGUCUCAACCAUUAUUAUAGAGUAAUAUAGAGAGGCCGACUUUACUCGGAAACAUACAUUUUAUUAUAGACGAGAUGAGAGCGAAUGCUGUUAAUUGUUUUGAUCUAUAUAGUGCUCAUAUAUAGGGGACUUCGGAAAAUAUCAACUGCGGCAGUUUUUACUAAAUCUAAUGUCAGCAUUCACAGCUGGUCUACACAUGAUGGCUUUAGUCACUGUUGCUGCUGUACCUGAAUACAAUUGUUUGAUACCGGAAACAGAAUCGGAAUCAAAUAUUACAAAUUGGAUCGUGGCACCCAAAUUCAAUAAUGAUUCAUGUCAAGCAAUAAUUAGUUAUAAUAAAACCAUUAAUUGUGAAAAAUGGUCAUUUAACGAAACAUAUUACGGGAGUACUAGAGCUACGCAGUGGAAUAUGAUUUGCGAUAAUCGAUGGAUGGGGUCUUUAGCACAGAUGAGCUACAUGUUUGGAGUAUUUACCGGCGCAGUUGUGCUUGGAAGUCUUGCCGAUAAAUUUGGCCGUAAAAAGAUUUUCUGCAUUUCAGCUGUAGCACAAUUGUUUCUUAGUGUCGGAGUAGCAUUUCUUAAUAACUAUUGGAUAUUUAUAGCUACCACAUAUGUAUAUGGAAUUUUCGGUUCAUCGGGGUCUUACAUUUCUGGAUUUGUUUUAACUAUGGAGUUAGUAGGACCCUCAAAACGUUCAAUGUGUGGAAUUCUAUUUCAAACAACAUUUGCUUCUGGUAUUAUGGCCGUAGCAGCGUGGGGAUAUUUCGUCAGAGACACCUUUUUACUACAAAUUAUAUAUGGAUUACAUAGUUUAAUGCUAAUUCCUCAUUUCUGGUUAAUUGACGAGUCUCCAAGAUGGUUGUGGGGCCAAGGAAGGAAAGAAGAAGCAAUUAAAAUUAUACAAAAAGCACUGAAAACCAAUAAUAAAACAAUGCCAAUAUUAUUAGAAAAAGAACAAAUGUUGUCAUUAAAUAAUGACGAACCCGUCAUAGAAAACAAUCAAAAUCGAUCGUAUUCGAUAUUGGAUUUGUUCAAGACACCAAACCUGAGAAAUAAUACGAUCAAUGUUUGUCUUUAUUGGUUUGCUGCUAGUUUUGGAUACUAUGGUAUUUCGCUCCGAACAGGAAAUCUACCGGGGAACCCAUAUUUUAUGCUUUUUGUGAUGGCAGCUGUGGAAAUGCCUAGUUAUGUAUUUGUAACAUUAUCAAUGGAUCGUGUGGGUAGACGAUUUCUUAGCAGUUCAAUGAUGAUUGUCGGAGGAACUGCUCUGCUUGUUUCUGCAUUUUUCCCUUCGGAUCCAUUAUCACAGUCAAUAUCUACUGGUAUUGUGUUCCUUGGAAAGUUUUGCAUAGCAGGAGCUUUUGCUAUUAUUUACAAUUAUACUGUAGAACGUUUCCCCACUGUGGUCCGAAACACCGCUAUUGGACUUGGAAGCAUGUUCGCGCGUUUAGCCGGUGGUUUUACUCCUUUGGUUACCCUAUUGGAUGUAUAUGACAUAAGAGCCCCUGCAAUAACGUUUGCUCUAGUGACCCUUUUGUCUGGGAUAUUGAGUACUCUACUUCCAGAGACCCUUAAUACAGUAAUGCCACAAACCAUGGAGGACGGUGAAGAAUUUGGGAAAGGUGAUACAUGUUUUACUACUGGAUGUUUUGGACGAUCAAAAAAAAAGCAGCCAAAACAAAAAGAUAUACCUCUUGAAGAAAGUUACUAAUUGUAAAUCAAAACAACAAGGAACUUUAGUAAUCUAGUUUUUAAGUUAAGUUAUUUUUAUGUAAAUUGUUUUUUAUAUGUACCUAUAUUUUGGAGAUACAUAUUUUAUUUACAUUUUACAUUUUAUAUGCAUUUUAUUUUUUAACUCAUUCGUUUUCAUUCAUUAAUAUAUGCUUAGAGUUUAAGGAUAACAAUAUACAUUUUUACAGAAAAAUAGUUCGAAAAGUCAAAUUUUUGAAUAGGUAAAUAAAAAUCUUAGACGUAAUCAGAAUAAUUUGUAAUAUUAUCACGAAUAAAAUGUUCAAUAUUUUAAAAUGUGUGAACAAAGUACAAAUUUAAAAUAUCUACUUAUAAGUCGUAAUAUAUUGAUAUAAUUAAUAGUAGUUUUAAAUUUAUAUUUUUAUAAGCAAUAAAUAAUUGAUAAUUGAAUACAAUAUUAUAUUUUUUACAAAUAGUUUUUUGAGAAAA